AUGGUACUCUGGCACAAGAACUCGCACAGCUAUGACAAGGACUUUUGCACGGUGACGCUGGCGUUUUUCAACCGGUACCCGAACCCCUACUCGACGCACGUGCUGUCGAUCGACACGCUUGCGCGCGAGGUGGACUCGCACGGGCAGCUCCGCAGCACGCGGUUGAUCAAGAAGACGGGCCGGCUGCCACGGUGGGUGCGUCCGUUCCUGGGCCGCAUCUCGCAGUCGUGGAUCCUGGAGGACUCGCGCGUGGACGCGCGCCACCAGACGCUGCAUGCGUACACGCGGAACCUGGACCACACGCAGAUCAUCCAGGUGGAGGAGUACACGACGUACCGGUUCGACGGCGCGACCGGCGCGACGCGCGUGGCGAGCCGCGUGAAGUUCUCGAGCGGGUUCCACGCGGGGAUCCGCCAGCGCAUCGAGCAGUGGUCCAUGGCCAAGUUUGGUGAGAACAUCCACACCAGCCGCAUGGGCAUGGCGUACGUGAUAGCACGGCUGGAGGACGUGAGCAGCGCGGCCCGGCAGCGCCCGCGCAUGUAG